ACCGCGUUUCAGAAUUUUGCCUCUCUUCAAGAUAGAAUAUGUCAGUUUUGCUGAAUAGCAGGGGAUUACCUCCAACAUUCAGCUGGAAGCAGUUUCUGCCUUCCGAUAAAAAGACUGUAAUGGAACAUUCAAACAGAAGGGGACAUCGGAAAAUAUUCAUAUCACCCAGGAUGAUCAGUAAAAGCAGGGGCUCGUGUUACUUGGAAUGUGGAAAUACGAAGAUAGUGGCUGCGGUGUAUGGUCCUCGUGAGAAUCUGAAGAGUGACGUGAUGGUGAUGGAGGGCAAGUUGUCCUGUCAGUUCGUCAUCAGUCCCUUCGCCACUCCAGGUGCUGAAGUGGCCGACGAGAGAGACACUCAGAAAGUGUGCUCAGAUUACGAGACGUUUAUCGAGGAGUGUUUCUGCUCGGUGGUGGACAGAACCAAGUUCCCUAAGAGCACGCUGGAUUUGACUGUACUGGUGUUAGAGAACGACGGGGGAGUGUUGGCCCAUAGUCUGACUGCACUGUCUUGUGCCAUCACCAGUGCAGGCAUGGAAAUGCAUGAUAUGCUAGUGGGUGUGAAUUGUGCUGUCAUGGUCGGAGGGGGAGACGAGAAGGGGUUGACGGACGGAGAGCAGGAAGAGUUUGAAAUCGCUGUAGAUCCUUGCUUUGAAGACGAAACCAUAUCUUACCAAACUGGGUCGGAUAGAACGGAGGUCGAUCAAAAAAUUUUGUUCUCAACUUCGGUAGUGACUGUCGGAUACCUCCCAAAUGUCAAUCAAAUAGCGACACUGAGCCAUAAUGGACAGUGCCCUUCGGGACAAGUUUUGUCAACUGCGGUGAAAAAAUGCAUAGAAAACAGUCCUCUAGUUUACGCUGCUGUUCAGAAGUUCUUGAAGCAAAGUUUGCUAGACGAUGAAAGUUGAUUCUUUUUUGUUUUUGAAUUGAUCUUGUUUACCGCUGAAAUAACUAUCGAAAAUAACUCUUUUAAUAAGAAA